ACCCCAUCUCUCUCUGUGAAGAGACUCUGUUACCAGUAUUUUAAGGGGAGUGGUGCAGGCAGCUGGUUACCUCAUCUUGCCCAUUUGUUGGUGCACAACAGGGAGAAAAGCUGCACUGACUGACCUUCCUUCCACCCCUAAAAAGAAAAAAAACAAUCCUCAAGAGGCAAAGGCUACUACUAGGCUGAUGCCCAGGGAGAGAGACCAAAGGAAGGAAAGGCAGCAGCUAGCAGCAACCACCAAAGAGGGGGAAUCCUCCUCCCUCUGCUUCAUUGGUUUUGGCUCUUCCUCCUCUCUCCUCGCUCCAUCCAGAUACAUGGAGUAGCUGCUGCUGUGUGUUUUUUCUUUCUGAAUUUAUUUUUUUUGCCACAUCUGCUUGUAGCUUGUUGAUUUCUCCUUCCUCCCACCUACUGUCCCCAACCACACGCACCUUCUCUCACUGUGUGUGUUACUGGCAUUGGUAAGUAAAGCGAGUGAACAGUUUUUAUUUCAAAAAAAGCGAGUGAACAGUGGAGGUGAGGUGCCCCCCGCUCUCGGCAAUUAUUGCCACCUUUGGAGUUUGGAGUCCUCCAAUAGGAGUCUCCUCCUGUGCUGUCUGCAACCACUGUCCCUCCCUCCAUCUCCGACCAUCCUGCUCGCUCGCCUUCUCUCCCCUCCUCUCCCCUCCUCUCUACAACGGGGACGGGGUUGGUGUUCGCUCCCUCCCUGCGUCCAGCCAGCCAGCAGCCAUCCAUCCGUGUCCUCCUUGCCCUCCCCUCCCCUCCUCUCCCCCUCGCUUUAAACCCACCACCACUGCAGCUGGCUCACUGCCUGAUCUCUUCCUUCCCCGCCUUCCUCCGCUCGCUCCUCUUGGUGCCGCCUGCUGUUCUUGGAUUCUUAAUUGCAUGCUGUCGCAGCUGCUGUGAUCUUUCUGUCUCUCUGCUCCUCAUCCAUUCCUUUUCUGCCACUCCUGUCCUCCUCCCGGAGCUUUUGCUCGCAAUCAACUAUUCUUUUUCUUCGAGGUCCGCAGCAGUUCGGUUGUCUCCGACGACCUGCUUGCUUCGCUGCAGGCGGUCGCAGUUUCCUUUCAAGCAGAAGCAGCCAUCGCUAGCUGCAAACAAGCCGGCAGGGCCGCCCUUCUCUCUGAGUCCCGAUAGAAGAAGAGAAGAUCCCGAGACACGCAGCGCAGCGGUGAUCUUGCCAUGGACUGGGACGCCAAGAUGCUCCCCCCGUGGGACCUGGGCACGGUGGUCGGCCCCAGCAGCGGGGUCGGUGUCGUCGCGGCCGCCGGCGCCAGCGGAGGAGGCGGGGCGCUGGACCUCAAGCUGGGCGGGCCGACGAGCUGGAGGGCGGGGGCGGCCACGGCGCCGGCGGCCGCCCCGUUGCCGCCGCGGCCGUCGUCGUCCGCGCCGGCGAAGCGGCCGCGCGCGGGGCAGGCUCAGCAGGCGGUGCCGGCGUGCUCCGUGGAGGGGUGCGCGGCGGACCUGUCCAAGGGCCGCGACUACCACCGCCGGCACAAGGUCUGCGAGGCGCACUCCAAGACGCCCGUCGUCACCGUCGCCGGCCAGCAGCAGCGCUUCUGCCAACAGUGCAGCAGGUUUCAUUCGCUUGGUGAGUUCGAUGACACGAAGAGGAGCUGCAGGAAGCGCCUUGAUGGGCACAAUCGGCGCCGUCGCAAGCCGCAGCCAGACCCUCUCAACCCCGGAGGCUUGUUUGCUAACAACCAUGGAGUGGCAAGAUUCACAUCGUACCCACAGCUCUUCGCUUCAUCCAUGGCAGAUCCCAAAUGGCCGGUCGUGAAGACGGAGGCUGACAUUUUCCAAGACCACUACUACCCGGCCGUCCACCUCAACGGUGCCGGCUCCCUCUUCCACGGCCAGGACCGGAAGCACUUGCCUUUCCUGACCAACCACCACCAUGGUGGCGACGCGGCGGGGGCCUUCGCCAGCCAGCCCUUCACGAUCACCACGGCAUCCUCAGAGAGCAGCAGCAAGCAUAGCAACGGCAACUGUGCUCUCUCUCUUCUGUCAGACAACCCGACACGGGCACAGACGACGACCAUGAUCCCCACCGCGCAGCCCCUCGGCGCGGCGCUGCAGUACGGCGGCGCGGCGCGGCUCCCCGACGGCGGCGACGUCUCGCUCACCGGGAUGUCGUACGCGAACGCGAGGGCAGGAGACAGCAAGCAUCCAUCCAUUCUGAGCACAUCGACCAACCACACUGCAGUUGCUUCUCCUAGCCCUGGUGCGCAGCUGCAGUACCAUGGCUAUUACCAUGUGAGUGGUGGCGAUCAGGGCAACAACCCAGAUGGUGCGGCCAUUCAGGCUAUACCUUUCUCAUCGUGGUAGACGGGUUCUGAUCAAUCAGGUGCUAGGUAGUCGCUUUUGUUGUUCACCAAAUAUAUCGGCUGUAAUACCAGUAGUCUUGUCGUACUGAAAACUUUGACAAGCCAUGUCCAUUCUUUCAGCUUAUCCUGAUAGUUCUAAUUUAUGGACAUCCCCUAAAUUAUGAUCUUGAAUAGUGUAAAUGGGUAGUAUUUUUCACAGCCUACGCGGUUGAAUUUGUGAAAUGUUGGAGGUAAUUCUGCUUA